CCCCCCUCCUCCUCGCUCCUCUUUCCCGCCGCUUCUCAAAAGUUUUCGCCGACUUGGGGGGCGGGAUGUCUGCGCGUUAACUGACCUGAGGCAAACGUCAUGAGGUUUUAGGUCUGAGGAGGCUGAACGUAAAUCCCGCGGCCCCAAGCGCGGGGCGGCCGGAUCGGUCUCUCCCGGGAGCUUGAGCCGUUCUCCGGUGGAAGCGGCGGGAAAGCGGGGAGCCCGGGCCGCCCCGGGUACCUAAGCAGCAGCAGCAGCAGCAGCAGCAGCAGCAGCUCCGGCCCACGAAAUGUACCUCAGCCCAUGUCAAGGAACGGAGCGGGUUCUCAGCACCCAAAACAAAGGUCACCCCUGUCCCGAUAAUCCACCUCAUAAACAACUGGGAUUCAGGACGAGGUGUCACCCGAGCUGGACUGUGGUAACCUUCGGACGAUCUGUUGGACGGGAAUCGGUGCUGAACUGUCCAGAAUUUCCCUCAAUCCAGGAGCAGUAUUCCCUUCAGGACGUUAAUCUCUCUGACACCGCCCCCCAGAGUUCCAGCUGUUCGGGAAGAGCUGGAGAUUACCUCUCUGAACCAGGACUGGAAUGUGAAGGGACGGCAGUUGUAUCCGGCUAGAGCUGGUGACGAUGGCGAGUAGCUCGGUGGAGCUUGGCGUGGGUCCUUGCGCCACUCCCCCUCACUGCCAGGAGGAACCAAAACAUCUACCCUCUGAAGAUUGGCAGGAGGAUGGCAAGGAAUCCUGUCCCAUUGCCGUGGAUACCGAUCUCCGUGACAACCCAGGAGACGGUGACUCCAGCUCUGACUAUGUAAACAAUACAUCUGAGGAAGAGGAAGAUUAUGAUGAAGGUCUGCCCGAGGAGGAGGAAGGUGUGACUUAUUAUAUCAGAUACUGUCCUGAGGAAGACAGUUAUCUGGAAGACAUAGGGUGUAUCGGAGGGGGCUACAGAACCCAGGCUAUCUCUACAGCAGCAGCUGAUGACUGCCAGGAAGCUGUAGAAGAGGCCUGGACAGAAUCUAAUGGGCUCUCCCAAGCGAUGACUGAAGAAUCUGAAGACCAUGGUUGUGACAGGGAUGGUCAGCCUGAGGAGUCAGACUGUACUGUAGCCCAGGCAGAAAUGAGCAGCGAAGGAAUUGGCAGCAGUGAAGGAACCCCUGGGGAGUAUUCUCCCUCUGAGCACGUUGCACAGGCCCCUCCGACAUUCCGGCACCACUGCAGCAAAUCGGAAGUGGAUGCAGAGGAUGCAGAGGAGGAUAUCGAUCAGAUUGUAGCUGAAAUCAAAAUGAGUAUGAGUAUGAGCAGCUUGAACAGUGUUGGAGAGCAGAGUCUGGAGGAGGCUGUGAAGGGGAAGUUAGACAGAAGCCUGGCCAGCUGUCAGGGGAGAGGGGAGGGCCGUCCCCGACUCUGCCAGGCAUCACCCGGUGAUGGAAAAAGUGACGAGGCUCCUUUCAGUGAGAAGCCUGGGCUGAGAGCCCCCGAGGAACACAAGCAAUGGAACUCCGAGCAGGUAACUCCUGACAUAGAGCAACCCCGGAAACAGCAGCGCUCCGACCUCAAUGGCCCAGUUAACAAUAACUAUCUUUCUGAGCAAACAAAGAAACCGUCAGCCUUUCCCAACUUUGUGGAUGUUCCAGGUCCCUGUGAGCCUGAGGAUCUGAUUGAUGGGAUCAUCUUUGCAGCCAAUUACCUGGGCUCCACACAGCUAUUAUCUGAGCGAAACCCCUCCAAAAACAUCCGCAUGAUGCAGGCCCAGGAGGCUGUGGGUCGCAUCAAGAGGGUGCAGAAAACAUCAAAGACCAAGAAGAAAGGGGGUUCUGAUGGAGAUUCUCAGCCAAUGACAGAAGUGGAUCUCUUCAUCUCCACUCAGAGGAUUAAAGUUCUGAAUGCGGACUCGCAGGAGCCAAUGAUGGACCACGCAUUGCGCACAAUAUCCUACAUUGCAGAUAUCGGCAACAUUGUUGUUCUGAUGGCUCGGAGACGAGUGCCGAGGGCAGCUUCCCAAGAUUGUAUUGAGAGCACACCUGGGAGCUUGGAAGGCAAGAAACAAUACAAGAUGGUCUGUCACGUCUUUGAGUCUGAGGAUGCACAACUGAUAGCCCAGUCCAUUGGACAGGCGUUUAGUGUUGCCUACCAAGAGUUUCUGCGAGCCAAUGGGAUUAACCCUGAGGACCUCAGUCAGAAGGAGUACAGUGACAUCAUCAAUACGCAGGAAAUGUACAACGAUGAUCUCGUCCAUUUCUCCAAUUCUGCCAAUUGUAAGGAGCUACACGUUGAGAAGCUAAAAGGGGAGAUCUUUGGGGUUGUGAUUGUGGAAUCGGGAUGGGGCUCAAUCCUGCCCACUGUCAUCCUGGCAAAUAUGAUGAAUGCAGGACCAGCAGCUCGCUCAGGGAAGCUCAGUAUUGGAGACCAAAUAAUGUCCAUUAAUGGCACCAGCCUAGUCGGCCUCCCACUCACCACCUGCCAAGGAAUCAUUAAGGGUUUGAAGAAUCAGGUUCAGGUUAAGCUGAACAUUGUGAGCUGUCCUCCUGUUACCACUGUGCUGAUCAAACGUCCAGACCUCAAGUAUCAGCUGGGCUUCAGUGUACAGAACGGCAUUAUCUGCAGCCUGAUGCGAGGUGGAAUUGCAGAACGUGGUGGAGUCAGAGUGGGUCACCGCAUAAUUGAGAUCAAUGGGCAAAGUGUUGUGGCAACUGCCCAUGAAAAGAUUGUUCAGGCUCUGUCUAACUCAGUGGGUGAGAUCCACAUGAAGACGAUGCCAGCUGCCAUGUUUAGACUCCUAACUGGACAAGAAACACCAUUAUACAUUUAACUGUGUGAAGAAACAAGUCCAUCUGCUCAACAGACAGGAGCCUCCAGCAGAUCAGCUGAAGAUUCUGUGCCGGGAAGAGGUGAUUGGUGGAAUGAAGACAGAGAGUCAGUGCCUCGCGUAUUGUGUGUGUCUGUCUGUCUGUCUCUGUGCGAGUGUGUGUGUGUGUGUGUGUGUGUGUGUGUGAGGAGUGUCUGUGCACCUGUCUCUGGGUGCAAAUCCAUGUGUGUUUUUGUCUCUGUGGGUGUAUGUCUUUGGAUGCAUAUCUGUGUGUGUGCGUGUGUGUGGCCCAUGUGAGUGUCUCUGUCACUCCACUCUGAACUCUGCCAUUUCCAUUGAGGGAACAAACUGCUCUUGCCCUGCGCUGGAAAAUAACAAAAUAUUUUGCAUUUUAUAAAAGUUUCAACCAAUUCUUUCAAAAGUUAGUGACAAUGUCACUUCCAUGUGAUGUUGGUGUGCAAUAAAUAUUUGAAUGUCCAGUGCUGAAUGUCAAAUAAAGAUGACCAUUGAGUCACAGUCUGUUACCAUUAGUAACAAGUAUACAGGGAAUACUCUGACAGCCCGACUCGCAGUGAUGCUCACUGCUUUGAACUUUCUUUCUAGUGUUUCCUUUGUGUAUUUAGCCCAGUUGGAAUGUAACAGAUUAGUUCUGUUAUCUUUGAUGGACAACGGUUACUGGCCUAGCCUGUGUUUGUGCAGCGCGUGUUGUGUUGCUGGUGAGUGAGCUGUUAAUAUUAGAGUAUUUGUAUUUGUAUCUUGAGAUGCUGUCCCUAUCACUAGAGGCUAAAUGUUCGUUUGUCAUUUUCCUUUCAUGUUACUGCGGUUGGAGAUGAGUUGAUGCAGCAGCAGAUCCUGCGAUCGAUGUUUUAUUGGCUGUUGCAUGAGACUGCAGCUAGAAUACAGAAUGUGAAAUAAAAAGUUUGAACAGCUGUGGAUCGCUGGAGAAAACAGCAGG